AGAAGAAGAAGAAGAAGAAGAAGAAGAAGAAGAAGAAGAAGAAGUAUGAUGGCGACGGAAGCGAAACGACGCAAGGUGGCUGAUGGUUCAGAGCUCAGUCCCGUGCAGAACUUUCUACAGUGGUGUGACAGAGUCUGCUUGGUACUCAGCAGUAAGGUGUGUGUGAGUAAAGAGGGAACAGUGGCAGAGUAUGGGAUGCUGGCGAAGGACAGCAUAGAGGAGGGGGAGAUUUUAUUCACCAUCCCCAGAUCAGCUCUUCUCCACCAGGGAACAACCAAGAUCUCUGCCCUGCUGGAGAAAGAGAGGUCAUCUCUGGAGAGCUCGUCUGGCUGGGUUCCUCUGCUGCUGGCUCUGCUAUAUGAGUAUACAUCCUCAGAGUCCCAUUGGAAACCAUACUUCUCUCUGUGGACCGACUUCAAAACACUGGACCAGCCCAUGUUCUGGUCUAAAGAGGAGAGAGACACACUGUUGAAGGGUACAGGCAUUUCUGAGGCCGUGAACACAGACUUGGUAAACAUCCAGAGGGAAUACACAGAUGUGGUCCUUCCCUUUAUCACUAAACAUCCCAACCUCUGGAACCCUGACACACACACACUGGAGCUGUACACACAGCUGGUGGCCUUUGUCAUGGCAAACAGCUUCCAGGAGCCACAAGAAGAGCAGGACAAUGAGGAGGAGGAGGACGAGGAGGAGGAGGAGAAGGCCCCCAACCCACCGAUGAUGGUUCCCAUGGCUGACAUGCUUAACCAUGUGUCCAAUCACAAUGCUAAUCUUGAGUUUUCACCAGACAGUUUGAAGAUGGUUUGUGUGCGCCCCAUUCAUAAAGGCGAGGAGGUGUUUAACACCUAUGGGCAGAUGGCCAACUGGCAGCUGCUGCAUAUGUAUGGCUUCACAGAGUCGUAUCAAAGCAACAGCAAUGACACUGCUGACAUCCCCAUCACCAACUUCUACAAAGCCGCCACACAAGAUAUUCAGUCUGAUUUAGACCGGCAGCUGGUGGAGGAGCAGUGGGAGACACUGCGUCAGAUGAUGGAAGAGAAAGAAGCAGCUAUUGUCUUUGGCAAACAAGGCUGCCUGACAGACACAGAGCUGCACACUGUGCUCAAGGUGCUGUGCAUGUCAAAAGAGGAGCUCUCAGAGUUCAAAGAUAAUGAAGGAUGGGAGGAAGACGAAGAGGAAGAUGAGAAGAUUUUCCUUGCUUUCUGUAAUGAGGGUCUCCCUGGAUUAAAGGCUUCAUGGAAAAGGCUAAUUCACGAAGCAGCCCGUUUGACUGUGAGGUGCUAUGGAGUUGGGGAUGAGGAGGGGGAGAUAGAAGGAGAGCGUGUGGACAGUGACCACGUGCUGAUCGAGGACAAGGCAGCGCUUGCAGAACUGAACAGCAGACAGCAGAAUGCACUACAAGUACGCUUCGGGCAGAAGAGCAUCCUGUACACACUGAUGGAGCUCACUAAGUCGUGACUUCAGCUCCAGCAGUGAGUGGGGCCACUGGAGAGUUUGUCUCACAAACAUCUCUCUCAUGAUGCACUGUCAAUAAAUGUUUUUUCUAAAAUCUUGAA